UGUGGGUUGGGGACUGCAUAGACACACGGAGACACACAGGCAACAAACACUCUUCUUGUCAGUUAAAUGUAAUCACAUUCACAUAUGAAGCUAAGAACAUAACGAAGGGCCUCCACAAUUGAAGAUUAUACAUGCAAGAGUAGACUAGCUAACAUAUUUAGGCUCAAACUCAGAAACACACCUGCGCAUUCAUAUUAGAAAUGACCUUUCACAAAGGAAAGGCAUACAGUGCACACACUAAGGUCAAUAAUCAGAUAAAUCUGAGCUGGCAUGUUUACACUCAACACAGAAAGUGAGAUGCAUUACUCCCAAUGUCCUUAUGUCCUGUGUAUCAGUUUCACGGUGUCCCUGCCAACAUCUGGGGUGGGGGUGAGGGGAAAGGGAGUGAACAGGUCACCAGCAGCCCACACAGGAAGUGUAGGUGCUCACCCUCCUGAAUACUGAUGACAGAGGAGGCAGGAACAGUUGAAGUUGCGUAACUGCGUGGAGAGCAUGGUGAGCAUAAAUGGUCCUGCUGGAGUGUAAAGUGACGAUGUUCAGACGAUGACAAUGGAAGCCAGUGUCCUGCUCUUUCUCACUCUCCUCCUGGGCUUUGUAGUGCUCCUGCUCAGAGGCCACUCAAAGGCCCGUGGCCACCUCCCACCAGGACCCCGUCCUCUGCCCUUCUUGGGGAACCUCCUGCAGAUGGACAGAAGAGGCCUCCUCAACUCCUUCAUGCGGCUUCGAGAAAAAUACGGAGAUGUGUUCACAGUGCACCCGGGACCGAGGCCCGUGGUCAUGCUGUGUGGGACAGAGGCCAUAAGGGAAGCUCUGGUGGACCAAGCUGAGGCUUUCUCUGGCCGGGGGACAAUUGCAGUGGUUAAACCUACCUAGGUAGAAUGGAGAAUGGGUGUGAUCUUUGCCAAUGGGGACCACUGGAAGGCCCUCCGGCGAUUCUCUCUGGCCACCAUGAGAGACUUUGGCAUGGGGAAGAGGAGUGUGGAAGAGAGGAUUCAGGAGGAGGCCCAGUGUUUGGCAGAAGAGCUGCGGAAAUCCCAGGGAGCCCCCCUGGACCCCAAGUUCCUCUUCCAAUGCAUCUCAGCCAACAUCAUCUCCAUUGUCUUUGGAGAGCGCUUUGACUACAAAGAUCGCCAAUUCCUGCGCCUGCUGGACCUAUUACAUCAGAGCUUCUCACUCCUCAGCUCCUUCUCCAGCCAGGUGUUUGAGCUCUUCUCUGGCUUCCUCAAGUACUUUCCUGGUACCCAUGUACACAUCUCCAGAAUCACCCAGGAAAUCCUUGACUACAUUGAACGCAGUGUGGAGCAGCACCAGGAAACCUUGGACCCCAGCAAUCCAAGAGACUUAAUCGAUACCUACCUCCUACGCAUGGAGAAGGAAAAGUGCAACUCGCAUAAGGGGUUCCAUCACCAGAAUCUCGUGUUCACAGUGCUGUCUCUCUUCUUUGCUGGCACCGAGACCAGCAGCACCACGCUCCGCUAUGGCUUCCUGCUCAUGCUCAAAUACCCCCAUGUUGCAGAGAAAGUCCAAAAGGAGAUCGAUGAGGUGAUCGGCUCCCACCGACUACCAACCCUUGAUGACCGCACCAAAAUGCCAUACACUGAUGCCGUCAUCCAUGAGAUCCAGAGAUUUUCAGAUCUUGUCCCUAUUGGUGUGCCACACAAAGUCACCAAAGACACUUUGUUCCGAGGGUACCUGCUCCCCAAGAACACUGAAGUCUACCCCAUCCUGAGCUCAGCUCUCCAUGACCCACAGUACUUUGAACAACCAGACACCUUCAAUCCUGACCGCUUCCUGGAUGCCAAUGGGGCACUGAAGAAAAAUGAAGCUUUUAUGCCCUUCUCUGUAGGAAAGCGUAUUUGUCUUGGAGAAGGCAUCGCCCGCCACGAAUUGUUCCUUUUCUUCACCACCCUCCUCCAGAACUUCUCCUUGUCCAGUCCUGUGGAUCCUAAGGACAUUGACCUCAGUCCCAAGGAGAGUGGCUUUGCCAAAUUGCCUCCAAUAUACAAGAUCUGCUUCUUGUCCCGAUGA